AUGCAGAUGGAAUUGCGCUCUGUGUUGAAGGCAGCCGGCUUCAUCUGCCUGGUGGCAGUGGGCCUCCCUGCCAACCUGAGCGUGCUGCUCCUCUUCUGCCGCCUGCGACUCUCUCGGGGAAGCCUGCAACCCAACGACUUCAUACUCGGCAACCUGGCAGCUGUAAACCUGGCAGUCUUGCUGUGUCGCAGCAUACCCCAGACCCUUGUUGCUUUGGGUUUGAGACGCUUGUUUGACGAUCAAGGGUGCAAAGCAGUCAUCUUUGGUUACCGCAUUGGUCGUGCCAUGUCGAUAUGUGUAACAGCUCUGCUGGGGUGCUACCAGAGUGUGAGUGUAGCUCCAGCCACACCACGCUGGACUGCGCUCAAGCGCUGGCUCUCUGCCCACUUACCCUAUGCCAUCAUCCUCCUCUAUGGCCUCAAUAUCUUUGACUGUUAUGGUGCCAUAGUCUACCCACAGGCGCCACCCACCAAUGGUUCCAUCCCAGAGUUCACCCUUAAUCUUGAGUUCUGCAUCGUGGUUUUCCCAGGCUCUCAAGCCUAUGUAGUCAAUGGUAUGAUUUACACCCUGAGGGAUGUGAUUUUUGUGGUUGUGAUGGUGUUGGCAGCAGUCUACAUGCUGCUGGUCCUGUACAGACACCGACAGCAGGUGAAGGGACUGCGGGGGGCCAGCCGGGCAUCAGUGGGUGCCUCCCAGGCUGUGCUGGUUCUGGUGUGCACAUAUGUAGCACUGUUUGGUCUGGAGAAUGUGCUGUGGGGAUACACACUCUCUGUCUCCCGGGUUCUGCCCGCCGUCUCUGAUGCACGUGUCUUCUUUGCCUCCUGCUAUUCUGCCCUCUGCCCUGUCCUCAUCAUCGCCACUAACCGCAGGCUGGCGGGAAACUUUCGGUGCUUUACACAUGACAAGAAAGGGGAGGAUCCCUCAACUCCCAGAGAAUCUAACACAUCCCAUGUAAAAGCAUGA